AACGAUUUGAAGAGAAGAGAGGUCACUGCAGCCGGAGGCUUCUGCCCAAAAGCAAGAAGAGAGAGAGAGAGACUAAAACCCUAAUCCUCUCUUCAUCUUCGAAUUCAAGGUCGGUAAUGGGGGCGAAGCGAAAGAAGAGCGAGAGCGAAGGCUUCAUCGAGGAGAACAGAGAGAACAACAAUGGAGAUGAGAGGAAAACGAAGAAGAACAAGGAAGGGGGUGAGGAAAGGGGAAAGCAGUUGCUUCCAUCGACGGUAAAGAACAAGGAGAAGAGAUCGGCUGUUCACGCCAAGCUCAAGCAUCAGAAGAAGCUUGAAAAGCGUAAGAGGUCCAAGGCUCGUGACGCCGCAGAAAAACAAGCUCUUGAGCUCGGCGAAGAGCCUCCGCCGAGGAUGAUCCCUCGCACAAUUGAGAAUACUAGGGAGCUUGAUGAGACUGUUUGCAAACCUGAUGAUGAAGAGCUGUUUGCUGGUAAUGAUGUGGAUGAAUUUAGUUCAAUUUUGAAGCGUGAAUGCACUCCGAAGAUAUUGAUCACAACUUGCCGUUUCCACUCUACUAGGGGGCCUGCUUUUAUAUCAGAAUUGCUUUCUGUGAUCCCAAAUGCUCAUUACUACAAAAGAGGAACGUAUGACUUGAAAAAGAUUGUAGAAUAUGCAAGAAAAAAUGAUUUCACUUCAAUAAUAGUUGUUCAUACUAACAGGAGGGAACCCGAUGCUCUCCUAGUCAUUGGUUUACCUGAUGGUCCUACUGCUCAUUUCAAGCUGUCAAAGCUUGUUUUGCGCAAAGAUCUUAAGAGUCAUGGAAACCCGACGAGUCAUGAGCCUGAGCUAGUGUUGACUAACUUCACGACACGCCUGGGUCAUCGUGUUGGGAGGCUAAUACAGUCUCUUUUCCCACAAGAUCCAAAUUUUCGUGGACGGCGAGUGGUAACCUUCCACAAUCAGCGAGAUUUUAUAUUCUUUCGCCAUCAUCGGUACAUUUUUGAAACCAAAGAAAAUAAACAGAGUGAUUCAGAAAGUAAAAAGGUCAAGGACAAUAAGGACGAAAAUGGCACUCAAGACAAAACAAUUGCCCGCCUUCAGGAAUGUGGUCCUCGUUUCACACUGAAGUUGAUCAGUCUGCAGCAUGGAACAUUUGAUACAAAAGGCGGCGAAUUUGAGUGGGUUCACAAGCCGGAGAUGGACACAAGUCGCAGAAGGUUUUUCUUGUGAUGUGGUUUUUGUAAUCUUGCAACCAAGUUUCUUGGUCCUUGCAAAAGAGUAAUCAAAGAAGACGAAAUUUUUUGAAAGUCGGCAACAUUGUAAUUUGAAGCUAGUUAUUUGUAAUCAUUUAUCAUCCUUGAUGGCUAUUCUGUUUGUUAAGUAUGCAUUGUUCUGUUUUUUGUUGGUGCUGAUUGAUAACCCUUUAUAAAUUGUUGACCUUUUCUUUUCAGACAAUGUAGCAAGAAAAAGUCCCAAAGUAACAUGAGAAUUCAGUGUUUUUGUUUUCCUGA